UUGUGUGGCCUUGGCAAAGCUCGAUAUCCCUCUCGCUCUCUAUCUCUAAAUUAUCUGUUGCCAAAUUUUUCUUAGUUCCAGUCCGUCGCUCAUUAACGUUUAACGAACACCGCGUAACACCUCUCUCCGAUUCCACAUAAUCUCUCUCCGAUUAUUCUCAGCUCAGCUCAAUCGCCGUCGCCGUUCUUAUUGGAAAACGCGCUUUGGUUUGGUUGCAAUCAGUUAGCUCUCUCUACUUUGUUAUCUCUCUCUCUCUCUCUCUCUCCUUCUCUGCGCUGCGUUUUGCGCCCGGUGUCGUCGUUUAAUGCUCAGCUCGAUUCAAUGAGAUUGCUCUCUUCCUUUACAAAUGGCUUCCGCUUCUUCCAUGUCAGUUCCUUUAGAAUGCGUGAACGUAUGUAAGCUGUCGAAAGGGGAAGGGAGUGGGAAAUAUGACUGUAGCAUGUUCUCUUGUGCGUGGAAAGCUCCGAGAGCCUUGACGGGGUUCCUUGCUAGCACAGCUCAUCCUCCUCAGUGUUCUUGGCUGUCGUAUGGACGAAAUGGGAGAAGAAACCGGAUGAAUUAUAAAUGUGAAUCCUCUAAUUUGGGAGGUUGCCAUUCUACUGAGGCUUCAGACUUUGUACUUCUUGGACAACUCUAUGAAUCAGGUUUAGUUCAUGUUGCUGGUAAGAGGUGGCAGCUGCACUGUUCUUCUUCCUUGUCCUCAGAAACCUCUUAUGAGGUUUCUCCUGAAGGAUUGUGGGAGGAUCUUAAGCCAACUAUCUCAUACCUCUCACCUGAAGAACUAGAACUUGUUCAUAAUGCUCUUAAGCUGGCUUUUGAGGCCCAUGAUGGUCAAAAGAGACGCAGCGGAGAGCCAUUCAUCAUUCAUCCUGUUGAAGUUGCACGUAUUUUAGGGGAACUUGAAUUGGAUUGGGAGUCCAUUGCUUCUGGUUUACUACAUGAUACAGUCGAAGAUACCAAUGUGGUUACAUUUGAAAGGAUAGAGGAGGAGUUUGGUGCUACUGUUCGCCAUAUUGUAGAAGGAGAGACUAAGGUUUCAAAGUUGGGAAAGUUGAAAUGUAAGGAUGAACAUGAUUCUGUACAAGAUGUAAAAGCAGAUGACCUACGGCAGAUGCUUCUAGCCAUGACAGAGGAGGUCCGGGUUAUCAUUGUCAAGUUAGCUGACAGAUUACAUAACAUGCGCACUCUUUCACACAUGCCUCCACAUAAGCAGUCCAGCAUUGCAAGGGAGACAUUGCAGGUCUUUGCUCCUCUAGCAAAGUUGCUUGGGAUGUACCAAAUCAAGUUGGAACUUGAAAACCUUUCCUUCAUGUACACAAAUCCUGAAGAUUAUGCAAAGAUCAGGAGAAAAGUGGCAGACCUCUACAAAGAGCAUGAGAAAGAACUUGUAGAGGCCAACAAAAUUUUGGUGAAGAAGAUUGAGGAUGACCAGUUCUUAGAACUUAUGACUGUGAAAACUGAAGUUCGUGCUGUAUGCAAGGAACCAUACAGUAUCUAUAAAUCUGUUCUCAAAUCUAAAGGUUCAAUUAAUGAGGUCAAUCAAAUAGCACAGCUUCGUAUUGUUAUCAAACCAAAGCCAUGCCUUGGCGGAGGGCCUCUGUGCACCCCACAGCAGAUUUGCUACCAUGUUCUUGGGUUGGUUCAUGGAAUCUGGACCCCUAUUCCUCGAACUAUGAAAGACUAUAUUGCCACCCCCAAACCUAAUGGCUAUCAGAGUCUCCAGACAACUGUAAUUCCUUUCUUGUAUGAGAGCAUGUUGCGGCUUGAAGUGCAGAUAAGGACAGAAGAGAUGGACCUGAUAGCCCAAAGAGGCAUUGCUUCCCAUUAUAGCGGGAGAGGAUUUGUUACUGGUUUAGUUGGACGCACAAUCCCUAGUGGUAGAAGUUCAAGAGGGAAGACUGUCUGCCUUAACAAUGCAAACAUUGCACUCAGAAUUGGCUGGCUCAAUGCAAUUAGAGAAUGGCAAGAGGAGUUUGUUGGCAACAUGAGCUCUAGGGAAUUUGUAGAAACUAUCACAAGAGAUCUAUUAGGUAGUCGUGUGUUUGUGUUUACUCCAAGGGGAGAGAUAAAAAAUCUUCCAAAAGGAGCGACUGUUAUUGACUACGCCUAUAUGAUACACACUGAAAUUGGCAACAAAAUGGUAGCAGCAAAGGUGAACGGUAAUCUUGUUUCUCCCAUGCAUGUACUUGCAAAUGCGGAAGUUGUGGAGAUAGUCACUUACAAUUCACUGACCGGAAAAUCAGCUUUUCAGAGGCAUAAGCAGUGGUUGCAACAUGCAAAAACACGCAGUGCCCGACACAAAAUAAUGAAAUUCUUAAGGGAGCAAGCUGCCCUAUCUGCUGAUGAAAUAACAGCAGAUAAAGUAAAUGACUUCGUUGCUGAUUCUGAAGAAGAGAGUGAAGCAGAAGAGCUCCCCAGUACCUCCAAAGGAUACAAAGCUUUGUGGGAGAAAAUGCUGGUGAAUGUUGUAGGAUUGGCAUUGCCAGAACGAAGUUCCGAAGAUCCCUUCCAAAUUACCAAUGGAAAUGCUCGGGUUUCUGCUCCCAAGGUGAACGGGAAACAUAACAAACAUGUUCGACAUGUGAGUUUGAAGGCUGAGGGGGAGUUGUUGUCGCAAGGAAAUGGUGUUGCUAGAAUGUUGCAAGCUAAUAUUCCUAUGUACAAGGAAGCCUUGCCCAGUUUAGAAAGUUGGCAAGCCAGCAAGAUUACCUCUUGGCAUAAUGUUGAAGGGCACUCCAUCCUUUGGUUUUCCGUGGUUUCCAUCGAUCGAAAAGGUAUGAUCGCUGAGGUCACAACAGCAAUGGCAGCUGCAGGCAUUACUAUUUGUUCUUGUGUGGCUGAGAUCGAUGGGGAAAGGGGGAUCGCUGUCAUGUUAUUUCACGUUGAAGGGAGCCUGGAAAGUUUGGCUAACGCUUGCUCGAGCAUUGAUAUAAUUCUAGGUGUUUUGGGAUGGUCGAUGGGUUGCAGCUGGCCCAGCUUAAUGGAUAAGCCCCGAUUGCUUGAAUGCUAAACCAUUCAUGGAAUCCGCCCAGCUGUUGCAGGCAUGGGUAUGAAGUUUUGCCUUGAGAAAACUGAAAUUUCAGCACGCUCAAUAAAAUAUUUUAGUUUUCAUCUAUUUUUUGGACACUCUUAGCCGAAUAAGCGGACAUCAUACGAGGAGCAAAAUCCGACUCCAAGAGCACUGUAUAUAGGAAGGAGUGGAUACAUAGGCUUAGUAUAUACACUUUGUAAAUGAAGUUGCGAUUGAGGAGACGACAGUGAUAAAGUUACACAGAGGGUUGUACGAAUGUUGCCAUACAUAUUCUUUUUCAAUGGUCCAGUAUAUUUUUUUUUUUUGGCAA